CUGAAGGUUGUUGCCUCAGCCAUGACCAGGUACCGUACAUCACCACCCUCGUCAUAUGAUCACUCAAAACAUUAGCAGACGAAACCAGACUCAGUGAUGGCUGUUGCUGCUGCUCAAGGCAAACUUAUUGCCGUUAUUGGUGAUGAGGACACGUGUGUUGGAUUUUUGUUGGGUGGAAUCGGAGAAGUGAAUAAGAAGCGAGAGCCUAAUUUCUUGGUUGUAGACAAAAAUACUAGUGUGCAAGAGAUUGAAGAAUGCUACAAGAAAUUUAUGAAGAGAGAGGAUAUUGACAUCAUUUUAAUAAAUCAAAAUAUUGCAGAGCAAAUUCGACAUGUCAUUGAUACUGACAACGAUAAUCCCCUUCCUGCUGUCCUAGAAAUUCCCUCUAAGGAUCACCCGUAUGACCCGACCAAAGAUUCUGUUCUUCGAAGAGCCAAGGGUCUGUAUAGUGCUGAAGAUAUGCGCUAAGCAUAAUCAUCACUGAUGAAAGCAGGAAGACACGCAGGUGCUGGUUUCCUUUAACAUUCCUUUUUAUUAGCAUGAAUGUCAGGUCAUUGUGAUUAAUUGUUGGACCUUGUAAAAUAGAUGCUUUUAAGUAUUUUUUAACGUUACACUGUGAAACUAAUUUUAUAUGGAAAAAUAUAUUUUCCUUGAGAAUUCAUUGAAGGUGAUUUAUGCGUCAAUGUUUCACUGAAUUUUUUUUUUAAACCCAGUGCAAUAUUUAAAGCACUAGUGACUUAGAAAUACUGGUAAGUUGACCAAGUUGUAAUUCAUGUUUGUUAUGUAGUAAUAUAAAUGAUAAGUGUAUU